GAGGGCAGCAGCCGGGAGCAGCAGCUGACGCAGGAGCUGGAGCAGAUGCAACACCUGCUGGCAGACGUGGAGGCCACCGUGCGAAAGCUGGAGACGGAGGCGGCGAGACUGGCAGAGCAGGUGGCGCAGCUACUGCUGCAAGGAGCCGCGGAUGCAGAGCACAUGGCCCGGUUGCACAGUGAAGUUGCUGGGCUGCAGGCAAGCCUGCAAGAGGCUGGCGCUGCCUGGGUGGAGGCAGAGGAGCGGGCCGCCGUCGGUGACGCGGUGGCGGAGGCAGCGCGGCAGGAGCUGGCUGCCUUGCGUCAGCAGGUGGAGCAGCUCUGUGAAGAGCUGUCUGCUGCCAUUGAGCAGCGGGACAGCGAGAGUGCUGCCAAAACAGGGGCGCAAGAAGCCGCAUCUAGAGCCGAGGCAGCAGCUGCAGCAGUGCAGCAGGAGGCGGGUACCCUGCGUGAACAGGUCGCAAGCCUGCAGCAGCAGCUGGCAGCAGCGGAGGCGCAUGCUGGCGAGUCACUGCAGCGGCUUCAGGCGGUGGCGGCUGACCUUGACAAACAGCUCUGCUCUGAGCAGGAGCUGACGUCGGCGCUGCAGCAGCAGGCAGACGCUUUGGCUGCGGAGCUGGCGGCUGCGAAGGCCUUGGCGGAGCAGCUGGAGUCGGAGCUUGCAACGGCUCGGGCAGAAGUGGCGGUGGCGGUCGAGCGGGCUCAGGACCUUGAGACAGCGGCAUCCAUGGCGGCAAACCAGGAGGCUGCCGACGUCAGGGGCGUGCAUGCGCUGGCUGACCAGCAGGCAGCGGAGCUGGGCGCCACCCACAGCGGCUGGGUGCAUGAGUGUGAAAUGCUGCGCGGCAUGAUUGUGGAGCGUGAAGCGCAGAUCUCGCAGCUCCAGGCUGAGCUGGAGGCAACGUCGCAGGGCGUCCUGCUGCAAGCUGCUGACGCCCCCCAGCCACCGCAACUGGCGGGACCCCACCAGGACCAGGACCAGGGAGACGCAGCUGCCGACAGCCCGCACACUCCGGCCCGGAAGCAGGUUGCUGUAGCCAACAGCAACGAGGAGCAACAGCAGCUGCAGCUGCAGGACGCAGCGCUGCAGCAGCUGGUGGCCGACUGCGCCACGCUGCGGGAGCAGCGGGAUGCAGCGCUGGCGCAGCUGGCGGCAGCGGCUGCGGCCCUGGACGUCGCCGAGGUGGGCGCGCGGGAACUAAUGAUGGACAAGGAGCAGCUAGAGGUGUGCAUGGCCAGGGAGAGCUGCCGUGGAUGCAGCGCCAGCAGCAGCCCCGGUCCAAAGCAGACGAGGCGGAGGUCACGGCGGCUGCACUCGUCACGCCAAUGGGCAAGGGCGCGUCAGCCUGUGCCGCGACACAGACCUCCCGCAGCAUGACACCGGCGGCAGCGACAGUAGCAGCCGCAACCACGCCUGUGCCUGCUGCCGCUGCUGGCACGCCCUUUACACCGGCGUCAGCGGCCUCGCCUGCGGCGUCCAUAUCUGCGGCACUUGCGGCAGCGUUGGGUGGCGCCUCGCCACUGGACGUGGCCCGGCUGCAGGGCCAGGUGGUAGAACUGACGUCGCGACUGCUGAGGGCGCAGCGGGAGGCAGCGGAGGCAGAGGUCAGGGCUCAGGAGCAGCAGCGGGUGGCGGCGGCUGAGGCGGCGGCUGAGGCAAUGGUUGGCAUGGCGGCACUGAGCGGGGAGCUGUGCGAUGCACGGGAGCAGGAGGAGGGCGUGCGGGCAGAGCUGCAGGCGGUGCUCCAGGCGCAGAGCGUGCUGAGUCAGCAGCUGGCCACAGCGCAAGAGCAGUUGGUUGCUGCCGCUGAAGCUUAGCACUGAUGUCGCCACAGAGCCGCCUGCAUGCUGCUCCGUUGGGACACAGGCGGACGCUGAGGAGCCCCCGCAGGCCCGCUGCGACCGCGAAGCCCAAACGGAAAUCAAUUUGUUGCCACGUGCCGCAGCGGAAACGCAGACGGAGCACCUCGCAGCUACCGCCAGCGGAUGCACACAGACGUCUCAGCGGUGCCGAGCUGAGCUUUCGCAGCGGCAGCUACCUUGCCCGACUGCAUGAAUUCUGGAUCAGCGAUGCCGAGACGGAAGCCCUCACACCCAGCCUCU